CCACCUUCCAUUCCAGCCAUUUUAUAAGCCAUAGUGGAGAGGACACCGGUACGUUCUCCAUUGACCAUUUCCUCCUCAAUUACAUAUACACUACAACUGUGACCUUCUUUUCAAUUCAAAAUAUGCAUUCUGAAGCAGUUAUCGAGUUUCUAGGCGACGUGCCGGUGCUCCAGAGACUUCCGAGCUCGUCUGUUAGAGAUAUUGCUCAACAUGUUGUUGUUAAACACUACAAUCCUGGUGAGUGCGUUUUCCAAGAAGGGGAACCUGACGGCGGAAUUUACUUUAUUCUGGAGGGUGAGGUCGAGGUAUCCCGUUCAUUUUAUGCAGAUAACCAUGAUUCUGAAGUUUUCCGGUGGGGAAAAUUUGAUCACUUCACGCAAAUCUAUUUUGCAGGUGAAUCUGAUAGGCAGGAAAAUAUAAUUGCAUUGACUAAGGUACUGACCUGCUUAAUGCUACCAAACAAAUAUAGUCCCUUGAUGCAUCCAUAUUCAGUUUGGAGUGCGGAUGUGAAUCUUAUGACACGUGCAUCUGCGGAACACAUAUUGUCCGUGGACCCACUGGAUGUAAACACAUUCAGAGGAAUCACGUUGAUAGGCGCCCCAAAAUCUGGUAAAGUGUAUGGAGGGCAGUUUAUGGGACAGGCGCUGGCUGCGGCAUCCAAAACUGUUCAUUUUCACAAGAUUUUGCAUAGCUUUCAUGCUCACUUUCUUCUUCCUGGGGACGUAAAUAUUCCGAUCAUAUAUCAAGUUGACCGACUAAGUGAUGUGCCUAAUAUCGCUACAAGAAGGGUGAACGCAUUACAAAAAGAGCGUGUUGUCUUCUUUUUGAUUGCUUCCUUUCAUAGGGAAGAAGAAGGAUUUGAUCACCAAGAAUCAACAAUGCCUUCUGUGCCUGACCCAGAAACGCUUUUGCCAGAGCAUGGAUUAGAAGAGGGGGUUAAGCUUCCACGUCACCAUCCUAGAAUCGGAGUUCCCACCUCAACAUCUGUCCCGUGGCCUACAGAAAUCAGGCCGGUGGAUCCUAAAAAGUAUACUCGCUACACUACACGGCCUCCGAGUAUCAGUUACUGGUUGAGAGCAAAAGGUAGACUUCCUGAUGACCAAGCUUUGCAUAGGUGUGUAGGAGCAUACUUCUCAGAUCUACUAUUUAUUCAAAUCAGUCUGAAUCCACACCGUAAAGUGGGCGUAUUCCCAUCUUCUAUUAGUCUGGACCAUUCGAUGUGGUUUCACAGAGAUUUUAGAGCAGAUGAGUGGUUGUUAUAUGUGAUUGAUAGUCCCACUGCUUAUAAUGCACGAGGCUUUUCUCGUGGUCAAAUGUUCAACAGAAAAGGAGAGCUUGUUUUGUCAGCAAUGCAGGUUGGCGUAGUAAGAAAACUAAAGCCACCAACGACUACAUCGAAGCUAUGACUCCGUCAUGUACGUCGUAUAUCCAUCUGUUGUAUGUUCCACUGGAAUUAUUCAUAUGUUCUAUUGAAAUUACUCAUGUAUACAUCUGUUGUAUGAUCCAUUGAAAUUCGGGUUGGUUAUGGAGGCUGAAAAAAGAAAAAAAAACAUGUAUAUGGGUGAUUGAUUAAAUCAGCAAACAGAUAAUAACUUUAAGUUAUAUGACAAUUCUCAUUUUCUUUUGGCAAA